AUGGCGACCACGAUCUCUCGAAGCAGGGCCCUGGCCUCAGCUCUGCGGCCCGCGAAGCCUUCCGUUCAGGCCUUCAACGACCAAGCAAUCCGCUGCUUGUCCAGCUCGGCUCGUCAAUAUGUCGCAAUGCCGAAGGAGUCGCCCAACAUGCGAAUGGCCCCCCGAGACCACAUCGGCACCCUCAAGGCGCCCAUUGUCAACCCUGCCGACAAGUACCAGAGCAAGGCUGACAACAUGCACCGAUACGGUGCCUGGCUGAUGGGUUGCCUGCCCAAGUACAUCCAGCAGUUCUCUGUCUGGAAGGACGAGCUCACCAUCUACAUCUCGCCCUCGGGUGUUUAUCCCGUCUUCAGCUUCCUGAAGUACAACACCGCUGCCGAGUUCACCCAGGUCAGCACCGUCACUGCCGCCGACUACCCCACGCGCGAGAACCGAUUCGAGAUUGUCUACAACCUUCUCUCGGUCCGUCACAACUCCCGCAUCCGUGUCAAGACCUACGCCGACGAGGCUUCCCCCGUGCCCAGCAUCACCGGUCUCUUUGACGGUGCCAACUGGUACGAGCGAGAGGUCUACGAUCUUUACGGAGUCUUCUUUGCCGGCCAUCCCGAUCUCCGACGAAUCAUGACCGACUACGGUUUUGAGGGUCACCCUCUGCGCAAGGACUUCCCCUUGACUGGUUACACCGAGAUCCGAUACGACGAGGAGAAGAAGCGUAUCGUGACCGAGCCCCUUGAGCUUACCCAAGCCUUCCGCAACUUUGAGGGUGGAUCCAGCGCCUGGGAGCCUGUCGGAGCCGGACAGGACCGCACACCCGAGUCGUUCAAGCUGCCAACACCCAAGCCGGAGGAGAAGAAGGAGGAGCCGAAGAAAUAA